UCUCUUCAGCACUUGCAAAGGUCGUGAAAGAGAGGAAGCAAGAGGAGCUGAGGAAGAAUAUAUCCAUCCAUCCAAAUUCCAAAACACCACACAUAACUUGUUCUCGCAGUUUUCUUGGGGCCAAGAAAUCUCCCCAAGUCGAAAGCAUGGGCGGAUUCAGCGGCGCUACAGGUCUCCCGGUGUACCGUGAAUACGACGAUGAAGAUUUGUUCGAGACAUCGUCUUCCAUCUCCGGCGACUCGGACGGCGAGGACCAGUUCUCGGACGGCGAGGGCGCCGGAGCUCUGGACCACCAGUUCAUGCAGCAGGCGGCUUCCUCCCCGGCGCAGCAGUCGGUUCGGAGAUUGAACUCCGAUAGCCUCUACGAUCUGUCGUCCAUGAUGGCACAACUCCCUGUCAAGAAAGGGCUAUCCAAAUUCUACGACGGCAAGUCUCAGUCGUUCGCGUGUAUGUCUGAGGUGAGAUGCCUGGAAGAUCUACGCAAGAAAGAGACCCCCUACAAGAAGAUCAAGCCAUCGAGGAGCUAUCUAGCAUUAGAUGAAGAGCAGGAGUGUCACAUGCCUGGCCCUAACAGCAGGGGAAUAGCCAAGAAGCCCUCCGGAGGUUCUUGCGCAAAUCUGGCGUCUCGGAACAACAGCAACAACAUGCUCUAUAGACCUCCCCCAAUCCCUGUAAACAAGGGUGGAUACCAUCAGUAGGCUCUAGACAUCACUGAAGUCUGAAACGUUUCUGUCCAGGGUUUCAGCUCUGUUCUUUUUUUUUUUCUUUGAGGGAUUUUGUUGACAAGCGUAUUGGCCUGUCUCAGAUGUAAGAGGUUUUCCUCCUCUGCAGUCAAUAGAGGAUCUCCUUUCGUUUUGUUCACGAGACAUCGAUUCUUGUAAAUAACUGUUACACUGUACUGCGGUUAAGAAAGGGCUGUACAUAUUUGCCUGCAUAUCUGAAUUCUUAAUUAUAUGACCAGAUCCAA